CUUUUUUUUUAAAAAGUAUUAUGAUUAUCUAGGUGGGUCACCUUAAUGGAGAGGUGAAAACAUACAACUUAGCAGACUAGAGUACUGCGAGUUAAUUAAUGAAUAUUUUGAACUCCGAAUUGGCAUGUGAAGUUCAAUUGGUUUAAUGUGGUGAAUUAGUGAGUGCAUCAUCAAUUUUGGCUGGAGAGAGAAUCUAUUAUGUCACAGUCGAUGCUGAAGGAGGAAAGAAAAAGAAGAAGAAGAAGAAGAAUUUCGCAAAGCCCAAGAAGAAGAAGCACAGACACCGAAAGGUUAAGUUGGCUACUCUUAAAUUGUACAAUGUUGACAACAAAGGAGUAGUUUAAAGAUCACAUAAAUAAUGUCCUUAAUGUCCUUAAGGCGUGUACAUGGCUAAACAUUUCGACAGACAUUAUUGUGGAACUUGCCAUCAAACCUUUAGAAUGGAUGAGGCAACAGUAAUUGUUAAAUUUUAUAUCUAAGAUUAAAGCCAACUUAGAAGCAAUCAAAAAAUAACAAGCUGCCAAAGCUGCUGCCGCCGCUGCUAAUGCCCCAGCUGGUGGUGCUGCCGAUAAAGGAGCUGCUGGAGGAAAAAAAGGCAAGAAGAAGUGACAUAUAUUUAGUAUAUUAAUAAA